CAGGGCCGGGAGCGGGCGCUGCCGGCGUCAGAGUCAGCCAGUCUGGCGGGCGGGGGUCGUGAGGCGGGGCCGCGCGGCGGGUUCGCGGCAGGGCCAUGGCGGUAACGGCCGCUCGGUGGCCCUGGGGCCUGCUCUGCCUGGCGGCGGCCCCCCUACUCUUCCCUGCAGUAGACGGCUUGUCUUGUUGUUACCAUGCAAAGGACAACUUAAUGUGCCGUGAUGUCUGUGAACAGAUUUUGUCUUCUAAAAGUGAUUCCCGUUUGAAGCACUUACUGCAGCGAGCACCUGAGUAUUGCCCAGAAUCAAUGGGAGAAGUGUGGGGUUGUAUAAAUUCUUCUUUGCCAGGAGUAUUGAAGAAGUCUGAUGGGUGGGUUGGUCUAGGUUGCUGUGAGCUAGCUAUUGCUGUGGAAUGUCGGCAAGCAUGUAAACAGGCUUCUGCAAAGAAUGAUGUUAUAAAGGUCUGCAGGAAGGAAUAUGAGGAAGUUGGCCAAUAUGGGUUGAAGGAGAACUGGAGAGGAAAGAAUGCUCUCUUUAGUUGUAUUAACAGAAAUGAAAUGGGGUCAGUCUGUUGCAGUUACGCAGGUCAUCAUACAAACUGUCGGGAAUAUUGUCAAGCAAUUUUUCGGACAGACUCUUCUCCCGGUCCCUCACAAAUUAAAGCAGUUGAAAAUUACUGUGCAUCUAUUAGCCCUCAGCUUAUACAUUGUGUGAACAACUAUACACAGUCAUACCCAAUGAGAAAUCCUACAGACAGUUUGUAUUGCUGUGAUAGAGCAGAAGACUAUACGUGUCAGACUGCUUGUAAAAGAAUUCUAAUGUCAAUGAAAACAGAGCUUGAAAUUGUUGAUGGACUUAUAGAAGGCUGUAAGACAAUGCCUCUCCCUCAGGAUCCUCUUUGGCAAUGUUUUCUUGAAAGUUCAAGAUCUGUUCACCCAGGAGUCACUGUGCACCCUCCACCUUCAACAGGCCUUGAUGGAGCUAAGCUCCAUUGCUGUUCUAAGGCAAAUUCUUCCACAUGUAGAGAGCUCUGCACUAAACUUUAUAGCACGAGCUGGGGCAAUUCACAGAGCUGGCAAGAAUUUGAUCGUUUUUGUGAGUAUAAUGCAGUUGAAGUUUCCAUGUUGACCUGUUUAGCAGAUGUACGAGAACCUUGUCAGCUGGGCUGUAGAAAUCUUACUUACUGCACUAAUUUUAAUAACAGACCAACAGAACUUUUUAGGAGCUGCAAUACUCAGUCAGACCAGGGAGCCAUGAAUGACAUGAAGCUAUGGGAAAAAGGGAGUAUUAAGAUGCCAUUUAUAAAUAUUCCUGUGCUUGAUAUUAAAAAAUGCCAACCAGAAAUGUGGAAGGCAAUCGCCUGCUCACUGCAGAUUAAACCUUGCCACAGCAAAUCCAGAGGGAGUAUUAUCUGCAAAUCAGAUUGUGUGGAAAUACUGAAGAAAUGUGGAGAUCAUAAUAAAUUCCCUGAAGGCCACUCAGCUGAAAGUAUUUGUGAGCUCUUAUCUCCAACAGAUGACCUGGAGAACUGUAUCCCAUUGGAUACAUACUUGAGCCCAAGUUCUUUAGGUAACAUUGUAGAAGACGUUACACAUCCAUGUAAUCCGAAUCCAUGUGCAGCUAAUCAGUUAUGUGAAGUAAAUAGAAAAGGAUGUCAGUCUGGAGAACUGUGUCUUCCGUACUUGUGUGUGCCAGGUUGCAAACUGGGAGAAGCCUCAGAUUUUAUAGUCCGUCAAGGUACACUUAUUCAGGUUCCAUCCUCAGCUGGUGAUGUUGGUUGUUACAAGAUUUGCACAUGUGGACACAGUGGGUUGCUAGAAAACUGCAUGGAAAUGCGUUGUGUUGACCUCCAAAAAUCAUGCAUUGUUGGAGGACAGAGAAAAAGCCAUGGAACGUCCUUUAAUAUAGAUUGUAAUGUCUGUUCAUGUUUUGCUGGAAACUUGAUAUGUUCUACACGUCAGUGUCUAACUGAGCAUAGUUCAGAAGAUGAACGUCGGAAGUUCACAGGUUUACCGUGUAACUGCGUAGAUCAGUUUGUACCAGUAUGUGGUCAGAAUGGACGCACAUAUCCAAGUGCAUGUAUAGCUCGUUGUGUUGGGCUCCAAGACAAUCAGUUUGAGUUUGGAUCGUGUAUUUCCAAGGAUCCUUGUAACCCUAACCCUUGUAAUAAAAAUCAGAGGUGCAUACCAAAGAAACAAGUUUGCCUGACUAGUUUUGGAAAGUUUGAAUGUAGCCAGCAUGAAUGUGUGCCAAGGCAGUUAAAUUGUGACCAGACACGGGAUCCUGUUUGUGACACAGACAAUGUGGAAUACAAUAACUUGUGUACUUUGUACCAAAAAGGAAAAACUUUAGCAUACCGAGGACCAUGCCAGCCGUUUUGCAAAUCAGUGGAACCUGUAUGUGGACAUAAUGGCGAAACGUACAGCAGUGUCUGUGCUGCCUAUUCUGACCGUGUGGCUGUUGACUAUUAUGGACACUGUCAGGCUGUAGGUGUUCUCUCAGACUACAGUUUUCAUACAGAGUGUGCCUUUGUUAAAUGUCCCCAGCUUUCUGCUACUGGCUGCAAGCCGGUUAUUGCACCAGGAGCCUGCUGUCCUCUCUGUGCUGGAAUGCUGAGAAUCUUAUAUGACAAAGACAAGCUGGAUACUUUUGCAAAGGUAACAAAUAAAAAGCCUAUAACAGUACUGGACAUACUUGAAAAAAUCCGCCUGCAUGUCUCAGUGCCACAGUGUGAUGUGUUUGGAUACUUAAGUAUAGAAUCUGAAAUUGUGAUUCUCAUCAUUCCUGUGGAUCAGAACCCCAAACCACUGCAGAUUGAAGCCUGCAAUAAAGAAGCAGAAAAGAUAGAGUCACUGAUAAAUUCAGACAGUCCCACAUUAGCAUCACAUGUGCCACUGUCAGCUCUAAUUGCAUCUCAAGUGCAAGUUUCGUUUAGCAUUUCUUCUCCUUCUGUUAAAGUGGUGCCAGUUCUGCAUUCCCUGUUCAUAAGCCUUUUAUUCACUUUGUCAGCAUUAAUAUAUUAUAUGUAACUGCUUAAUGCAUGAAUAUGGCAGUUCUUUUAUAUUGUGAAGGACUUUCAGAAUUGUUGGUCACUAAACCAGGAAACAAAAAUUGUAGAAGAUUUCAUGAACUAAUAUUUUUCAAUGAAGAACUAUUGUAUUUGGAAUACUAUUGAAAAGAUUAUUCUUUUAUUGGUUCCUAGUCAGAUGGCUGUUUCAGCACAACCAGAUUGUUUUCCAUUCAUCUUGGAAACAGAAAUACUUUGGAAGGUUCUGACAUUAUGGAUUUAUGAUUUGUGCAAGAAGGGAUCUUACAAGGGUUUUUCUGAGCAAUGAAGAAAACAGUGUUUUGAAUUUAUUGAAGAAUGUUAAUUCUAUAUUAUUUAGAUGCGUAACAGUGACAACAAAGAACAUGCACCUAUUUUAAUCAUCAUUUUUUGGAAGAAACAAGUUGCUGCUACUUACUUACCAAAAAUUUAAGAGUUUGUUCUCAUGUAAAUAUGCUUUCGUAUUUUAUAAUGAAGAAAACUAAUGAGCCGUGGGCCUAUUUCAGUAGACAUCUUUACCUGGACCGGUGAAGAUUUACAGGACAUUGGGCUCAAUGCUCGUAAAAUGACAAUCAAGCUCUAUACUAGUACCUGACUUCAGUGAAGAAGUAUGUUCUUUUUAUCGUUUUGUACAUUUCAGAAACUCAUAUUGGAUGCAAAAUUACAAAGAAUCUCAGUAUCUAUAUUUAAGUGCCAUUUAAAAUAUUGCAGUAUUUGCAUGUUAUCUAAUGAAAUUUAUACUUUAAAUGUUUAUACAAACAGUAUGUUUUAUUACUUACUGUAUUUUAUGCACCUGACUUUAGCCUACAUGAAGUAUUUUAUAUCAGUAUUAUGAUAGCCAACUUUUGAAGUGUAUACAGAAAAACUUAUUUUUACCAAAAUGCUGAACUUUGAAAGAAAGCACUGAAAACUUUUUGAACGUGUAUGUUGUUGUAGCAUGUUUGUAGCAGUUAUUUUCUGCUAAAUCUUAAAUGCGGAAGUAUUAAAGCUUUUUAUUUUAAUAAA